CUCCCUCUUUCUUUCUCUCUCUCUCACUGCACUUUAGUUUACUUAUAAAUCCCCCGUAAGUGUUUCCAGAAAAAGCUUAAUUAGCCGACGUUGAUACUGUCCAGGGUUUACCUCCAAACGAAUAAUUGGAGUGAUAAGGAAACCCUAGAGCUAUUGUCGCCGGGAUUAGAGAGGUGGGUGCUGGUAAUCAGGAUGGGGAGAGGGAAGAUCGUGAUAAGGAGGAUCGACAAUACGACAAGUCGUCAAGUAACAUUCUCGAAGCGGAGAAAUGGGUUGCUCAAGAAAGCGAGAGAGCUCUCGAUUCUGUGCGACGCUGAGGUCGGGCUCAUUAUUUUCUCCAGCACUGGCAAGCUCUAUGAAUAUGCAAGCACUAGCGUGACUUCUGUAGUUGAACGUUACAAAAAGCUAAAAGAGGAACAAUAUCAACUUCUCAAUCCAGCUACAGAAGUCAAGUUCUGGCAACUGGAGGUAGCACGCCUGAAGCAACAACUGCAGCAUUUGCAAGAAUGUCACAGGCAAUUCAUGGGACAAGAACUAUCUGGUCUCAGUGUGAAAGAACUACAGGAUUUGGAAAACAAAUUGGAAAUGAGCUUGAAGGGUAUUCGUGCGAAAAAGGAUCAAAUUCUGAUCGAAGAAAUAAGAGAACUUAACAGACAGGGAGCUCUCAUGCAUCAGGAAAAUAGAGAGCUGCAUAUGAAGGUGGAUCUCACUGGCCACGAAAACACAGAACCACAAUACAAGGUUUACAGGGCAAGUGAUGUGACUCAAGCAAACAGUUGCCACAAAUCAUACAAUACAUGUGAUGUGUAUGGCUCACAUUCACCAAUAAAUCUCCAGUUAAGCCAACCGAGGCCUGAAUAUAGCGAAAAACCAGAAAAAGUGACAAAACUGGGAUUGCAACUACAAUAGCAGCACUUUGUGGCUAAGGGUGCUAGAGAGACAUUCAUCACCAUCAGUUAGCAGAGCAGAAACUACAGCCAAGCUUCCAUGAGUGAGAUAUAGUAUUUGACCUUGAAAGAUAUCAGUGGAUGUACCUUGAGGCAUGGUAUAAUUCUAUGAUGUCCCUUUAUUUCUGAUUGCUCUGAAUGGAAAUCAGCGCUAUGUAUGAUUAUAUUUGCGAAAUAAAGGAAGCAACUUUUUCAUUGAA